UGGGCGACGGGCACGUUGUCGGGACAGGAUCAUAAAGGGUGAAAUAAUGGAAAAAGGUGGAAAUCAAUACUCUGGUACUCGCUGAGACCACGAACGGCGCUCGUUGCGACAACGACGGCGAUCGCGGCCGUCGAUGACGACGACGAGGAGAGGAAAAGCGUGUGUGCAGCGAAAAACUGCAGGUGUGUGAUACCUCUUCUCGAGGAUCUAUUCGGUCUAUAUCGUCGAUUUUCUCCGUAGCGUACCAUUUGUCGCUGAUUAUGAUGCACGCAUUGAUUAUCAUGCUCUACUGCAUUCUACUCCUUUUGAUUGCUGUUGCUGCACGGUCGAAUAUUUAUUUGCCUUUAAUGAAGGAGGAGGAUUUAUGGACCGACAACUUUUUGCAAGAAUUGAUCGAUCAAGUGGGAAAUGAAUUUGUGAGUGCGCCCGAUUCGUACUUGGAAUAUCAGGAGGAAAAAGCUAAGGAAUUGCCCAUGGAAUUACCGGUCGAUUAUGAUAACAUGGACACUUUGAACCCGAAUCCAAGUAUACGAGAUCAGGAGUAUUUGCAGCACAGUACGCUCUGGAGUCACCAACGGUUCGACAAUAAUAAAAAUAAUAACGACAAGGGCUAUAAUAGACAUAGAAUUCAAUUUAGUUUGAAAGGACUCAAGGACGAGAAGACAGAAAAUCCUUUACCGGCUUACUGUACUCCUCCGAAUCCUUGUCCAGUUGGAUACACGAGUGAAAAUAAUUGCCUCACCAAUUUCGAAAACACGGCAGCGUUUAGCCGCGACUAUCAAAGCGCUCAGGACUGUAUGUGCGACACAGAACAUAUGUUAGAAUGCUCCAAUGAUUCUGGAAACAGUAACAGUUUAUCGAACAUGCAUAUUUCGAAUUCCGAUCUCAAUCAAAUUAUCGAACAGUUUCAGGAAGAAAAUCCGUUCUUUCAAGGAGAAAAAUUGCCCAUAGCUGCAAAAAAAGGUAUACACGUGAUCGAUUAAAGACUGCAAAAACGAACUCGAAAGAAAAUUGGGACAUGAACAUAAGAGUAUAUAAUACAAACUUCAUUGAUUAAAGUUUAAAUCAAUCGAGAAAAGGACUUUAGAUUCAGAUACUAUUAGAUGUAUAACUAGGCUCCGCCUAAUAAUAAUAAUAAUAAUAAUAAUAAUAAUAAUAAUAAUAAUAA